AUGGAGAAACAAAAUGCUGAUCUUUUUUGGGAGAACUGCCGCAUCAUGCUUGCGAAUGAGAAGCUGAAAAAGAAAGUCGAAAAGCUGAUGCAGGAGAACCAGAUGUUAGCAGCUGAAGUGAGGAUGCGUAUCGAACCUGAGAAUCCCAAUAACGAUCCGCAAGAUGGAAACAGGGCUGAGUCAAGUUCUUCGGCAAAUAACUGGAACAAGAAUCAAGGGAAGGGGAAGAACAUGUGA